CUUCCGAACUUGUUCGUGUUUACACGAGCGGUAAAUUCCUCCCUUCUUCCUCAGUCCUCUCUAUCUCACCGCUGCUGCUGCUUGGGUGUGCAUAUACGCGCGCUUGCGUACGUGCACGUUGCUGGUUACGUGUGUCGUGAUAGCGCGAAUCACAUACACACGUUACGUGCCACAUACACCGCAAAACAGUGAUACCACCGUUCUCGUGUUGCCGCGAGACGCUCUCGGGCAGCACGCGCGACAAAAGCCGAAAGUUGUCGAAUACGAGAGAGAACCGCGGCGUUAAGCGGCGACCGGGACGCGCGAUUGAAACUAAUUCGGGGCCGCGUCGUUAUCAAUACGGUUCGUUUACGUUGCUGUGAUGGGCGGCGCGUUGAAGAGGCGAGGCAAAACGAAUCGACGACAGCGACCAGCGAGUGAGCGUCCGGGAUAAAGUGAGCGACGAAAAGUGAAGAGAGAAGUGAGAGGUCGACGGAGAACGAAGCGACGCGGUGCGGUGUUGCAGUGAUCGGAGACAAUAGGGAGCGUAAGCUACGACCAGGAGGAGGAGGAGGAGGAGGACGCGGAGUUACGGUAUCCCGGAAAAUGACGAUGAUCGCAUGAAGUGGGAGCGCGGUGAAAAAAGAAAUCAUGAGAGCGACGGUGGCGACGACGACGACGACGUUGGGACGUGUUCAGCAACGCACCUGAAUCGACGACAACGACGACACCACAGUACGUCACACGGUGUCGUCCUAGUACCGCGCAACAGCAGCAGAAGCGGCUACUUCGCCACGGUUGUGACGCGACGCGACGAAAGCGGGGCGGAGAAGACCUUCGUCUCGUGCGAGUGAACGGAUAGGACCGGUGGGGUGAGAGGGAGAGAGAGAAAAAAAGAAAGAGAUAAAACUCACUUCCCGUGACUCCUUACAGCACGCAGUGAGCGAAGCAGAGUUCGAGUGAAAUAGAGCUAGUGACUGCGAGAGAGUGAGUGAAUGAGACGGACAGAAGCAGAGGGAGAGAGAGAGAAAGCGGCGAGCUAAAGGAGAGAGAAGCGGAGGAAGAGACGGAAAGACAGAGAGAGAGAGAGAGAGCGCACGCGCGAGCGCGCCGAAGUGUGCGCACCUUUCUCGGUGGAGUGUACGUUCGUAUUUCGUUCGACACGAGUCGCACGUCGUCGACAGCCGAGCGACUAGCAGCACGUUGAAAAGACACCGUCGCUCUAGGGACAAAGUGAGACAGUGAGAGAGAAAGAGAGCGAGCGAGCGAGAGAGAGCACAGUGAACGCACGCACACAGCUACGCGCGUGCACACACAUAUAUACACUCGCAGUACUCGAUCCGCCGUUCUUUUCACUCACCGCUGUCCAGCGCGCACAAACUUGGCGACGCGCUUGUGUUUACACUGGAAGAACUGACUGGCCAUCACGACGACGAUGUACGCGAAAGGGAAAGGGUCGUCGGUGCCCUCGGACUCGCAAGCGAGAGAAAAGUUGGCUCUUUAUGUGUAUGAAUACUUAUUGCAUGUAGGUGCCCAGAAAGCAGCACAGACCUUUCUCUCAGAGAUUCGAUGGGAGAAAAAUAUUACACUUGGUGAACCACCUGGAUUUUUACACUCUUGGUGGUGUGUGUUUUGGGACUUGUACUGUGCAGCACCUGAAAGAAGAGACACUUGUGAACAUAGCAGCGAGGCCAAAGCUUUUCAUGAUUACGGAUUUGUGAACAGUGCUUACAACGUCAAUGGCAUUGCCCACAAUGCUGGACCGGCACCAUCUCCAAUCGGUCAAAUGGCACCAAAUGAUGGAAUGCCUGGUGGUCCUAUGCCUCCUGCUUUCUUCCCUAACAACUCGACAAUGCGACCAUCUCCGCCCACACACCCCUCAUCACAGCCAUCCCCCCAGCACCCCCAGCCACCCCCGCCCCCACACUCGCAGAUGAUGUCCACCCAGUUUAUGGGCCCCAGAUAUCCGGCAGGACCACGACCAGGAGUACGUAUGCCACAAAUGGGAAAUGACUUCAAUGGGCCACCAGGACAGCCAAUGAUGCCAAAUAGCAUGGAUCCUACUAGGCAAGGUCCGCCAGGAAUGAACCCCAUGAAUCCGAGAAUGAACCCUCCGCGAGGACCGGGUAUGGGUCCCAUGGGUCCUGGAAGUUACGGUCCAGGUAUGCGAGGUCCACCACCUAAUAGCACUUUGGGCCCGGGUGGGCCGGGAGGUCCUGGAAUGCCGCCAAUGAGUAUGGCCGCUCCGGGUGGCAGACAACAGUGGCAACCAAACACAUCUACGCCAAUGAAUUAUUCGUCGUCAUCGCCGGGUAACUAUGGAGGGCCUCCUGGAUCAACAGGUCCACCAGGACCUGGUACACCUAUCAUGCCUAGCCCACAAGAUAGCAGCAAUAGCGGAGGAGAAAAUAUGUAUACCAUGAUGAAGCCUGUACCUGGAGGAAAUAUGCCGGGUGACUUUCCAAUGAGUGGCGGGCCAGAAGGCGGUCCGAUGGGACCUAUGGGUCCUAACACGAUGGGUCCGGUUCUAAACGGCGAUGGUCUCGACGGAAUGAAGAACAGUCCAGCGAAUGGCGGUCCUGGCACACCACGGGAAGAUAGCGGCAGCGGAAUGGGUGAUUAUAAUUUGAGUGGAUUCGGAGCUCCAGGAGAAAACGAUCAGACUGAGUCGGCGGCCAUUCUGAAGAUCAAGGAGAGCAUGCAGGAAGAGGCGAAGAGGUUUGAAAAGGACUCAGAUCACCCUGAUUAUUUCAUACAAUAACUCUUCACGAGUCGUUGGACCCCCGAGACCAAAUUAACAGUUUAAUAGAUAAUGAAUCGAUUUCCUUUCUUCCUUAAUCUGAUAACUAUCCCUUUAUACACAUAUACACAAACACACACACACAUACGCGCGCGCGCGCCCAUAUCCCAGUCUCGCGCCGUAGAACCAUUUUUCCUACUCUCUCUUCGUUCUCUUCUCUCUCUCUCUCUCUCUCUCUCUCUCUCUCUCUCUCUCUCUCUCUUUUUCUCUUUUUAUCUCUUUUGGUCGCAUCUCUCUCGGUCUUGCCGUAACACUUUUUCUCUCCGUGUUACAUCUUCCUCUCCUCCCCGUCCCUCUCUCCGAGCACGGCGUUGAUCGAUGAGGAAAGGCGACCCUCCCGCGGAUGGGCGACCCGUCCCUCAUGUCGCGCGCUACAACGGCGAGGAGGACCGUGAUGUCAGUACGUGACGGACAGAGAGAGAACAUCGAUCCUGCGCGACUAUCACGCCGACCGACAUUUUCGCACAGUGUAAUGUUGUCAUGUGGACGUCGUUCGUUCGAGCAUGAAGACAUUUUGUCCGCCUGUUAACGCAAGGAACGCGGCAUUACCGUUCUCCACUCGAAGACAGACCGAAUGAACGAACGAACGAACGACGUUUUCGAUCGCGAUUCUUGUCCACUUUGCGCGACUAUUACCACUGUGAUGUGUGUCUCUCGUCGGGAAUAUAUCGAACCUUGUACACCCGAGAACAUUGGCGUUAUCCGAAUGGAUUAAUCGAGGCUUAUGAUUUUAAAUGGAGAGAGAGCGAGAGCUCUGUCUUGAAAAAAAGUCAAGGUAAGCUCGCUUAAAGGAGGAAAACAUUAUAGACGGUCAUUUUUAUGAAUUUUCUUAAAGAAAAUGACAAGCGUUACUAAUACAAAAUUUGUUUUAAUAAAUUGUUUAAAACAAAUUGUUCUAUUAAUAACGCUUAAUUUUCUUUAAAAUUUUCUUUAAUAAAAUUCGUAAAAAACUCUCAUUGUCCACCAUCUAUUGUGUUCUUUAUCAUUUUCAUUUGAGCCGCGAAGUUCGUUCGUUGCUCGUCGCGACCAGGUAGGAGGGUUCUCCUCGAACUAUGUCUCAUUUUACGGAGAACCCGUCGACAGCGCGCGACGUAGACCAGGCGUGGAGGAUCGCUCGUAUCGCGAAGGGGUUGCCGGAUAUCGUCGUUAAACUUAACUCCGACGCAAAGACGGCGAUCGAACGCGACGUGGACGACGAGAGGUUGCCGCUGAUCGAAAGAGAAAGAAUGGGAAGAGAACACUUGGCUGCGCGAAUAUGUGUAAAGAGUAUUACGACCACGAUUAUGAUUAGACGGAAGCUACACGCACGUCAUCCGGACGCUGGAGACUUUUAGUAUUCAAUCACGAUAGAGGACCAAAUUCGUUUCUACCGUACGAUAUAUACAUACAUAUACAUAUAUACACACAUAUAUAUAUAUAUAUAUAUAUAUAUACAUACAUGUAACACACACACGUACAUGCAUACGACACGCAUACGCAGGGUAUCCCAGACUUCCACAAUUGUUGUGGGAACAUAGAACGGGUUGAGUUGAACAUAAAAGUCAUAUAUCGUUUUGCGAUAAUCGUAGCAACAACCGAGGAAUUAAUUGUGUAAGAUCAAGGGAAAGCGUGCGCUGAAUGAUAGAGAGAGGAGCGAUCAAGCCGUAGCGCAAUAAUAUAACGCAUAGAUGCCGACGCGUGGCGAGUGGAAGAACAACGCGCCGCUGGAAUAUUGAACUGGAAAGCUAAAUUUUUCACCUGAACAUUUCGUCCGACCGAUCUUUUCGCGUCAUAUCGUGCUUCCUUAAGGGGAAUCGAUGACAAACUCCAAAAAUGUCCAUAACGUAAAAACAGCCACCCUCAUCCCCAUCAUCCUUCACCGCGGAACUCUUGACUACUGACGUCAGAAGCUAGGAAAUGUAUGUCCAAAAUUCCUGCAAAAUAUGUCACAAACAAAGAUAUAUCUAAACAAAUGACACAGUCGAUUAAGCAUACCGUUAAAAUACUCCGAACACUUUUCUCUUGCUUCAAGAAUCAAUAGAUAACCGUAAAAUUAACGUAACAUAUCGCUUAUAUCGUUGCGCUUAUAUCGCUGCGCUCUUACGUCUUAUAAUGCAAAAUGAUAUAGAAUUUUUAUGUUCACCUCAGUCCGUUCUACGUUCCCAUAAAAAUUGCGGAGCAGAGCCUGGGACACCUUAUAUAUGUAUAUAAUAUAUAUAUAUAUAUUUUUUUUUUUUUCUAUCGGCAUACGAUCGUCUCGUCACGGAUUUCCGGAAGCUUUGCAAAGGGAGAAAGAAGCGUGUGUCUCUAUUUGUCCGUAAUAACCGGUUACAAAGCACUUGCGCGCUGCGGAAUUUCGCGAUUGGCGACUUAGAUCUUUUCUUUCUUUUUUUUUGUAUCACAGUCACACGCACGGAUGACGUUUGAUUUACAAUCGCAAUUGUAUACGUUAGACUUCCUCCGCGAGAAAUGUAGCUCCAGUUGCGGACGCUUCCGUGCGCGGGAGCAUGCACGAUUGGAAAAAACGGUCGAACCGCCGCCGCCGCGUUUGAUCGAACCUUCGGUAUAUACCUUCGGCGAUAUAUACGUAUAGUUUAAUCGUAAUUUAGUACAUUUAACAGAGAAUAAUCUCGAGAAAUAUACACACACGUACGCACGCACGCACGCACGAAGUGCGUCCCAAGACUCUCCUUUGCAAUUUUUAUAAGAACGUAGAACGGACUGAGGUGAAUAUCUCAAGAUUUAUUAUGAAUAUCGUAAACGUAUGGAAUUUUUAUAUUCAUCUCAAUUCGUUCUAUAUUCCUACAAAAAUUGCAGAGGAGAGUCUGGGACACUCUGUGCGUGUGUGCAUAUACAUAUAUAUAUAUAUAUAUAUAUAUAUAUAUGUGUGUGUAUAUAUGUGUGUGUGUAUAUAUGUAUACACAUAUAUAAAGCUAGAUUAUAUAAAGGAUAAGAGUUAUUGUAUUAUUACAACGGGCAAUUAUGAUAAUUAGGAUUGUAAGGAGAGGAAAACGUAUUGUGAUAUCUUUUUAUAUUGUACAUUGUAGCGUUGCAGUUUUAAUUGACUAACUUAUUUCGACUUCUAAUUACGAUUGGACAUCGUUUGUUCGAACAUUGAACGCGCGGACGCACAGAUAUGUUAGCGGAGCUUUUUGUAUUAUAUUUGUCGGUCGAAUUGAACGAGAGAUGUUACUUCCGCUCUCGCACAGGCGACAAUUCGAUUCCAUUGUACAGCGUGCGGGCGUACAAUACUUUUACGAAAGCGAGUGAUUCUCUUGCAGAAAAUGUUCGUUCAUAAAGCAGAAUUGUGCGUAUUCCGGUCUUAAGUUUUGGAAUACCUUUUAUAAAACGAUAUUAGUGCGCAGGAAUAAAAAAGAAAAGAGAGAGAGAACUUUUCUCUACAACGAUCACUAUUAUCUUACAAGAUACGUUCUUAUCUUCGGUAUCUUGCCAGGUAAGUUACCGACUGUAAUUUAGUGUACUUGUAUACUAGCGCAUACUUGUACGACGGAUGCUGGCAAGACGAUUACACGCCCGAGUUUUUACACGCUUCGAUGCUUUGUAACCGGUCGUGCUGACGAUUGCUGGACCGCCGUUUUUAGCAAUACAAUAGUCAACGGUUGGGUCGAGUGCAACAUUAGUAGACAAUUUCGACUGUCGUAUACGAGAUCGCUGUCGGAUUUUAUACGCGAUGUGUUUCUCCUCCCUCCCCCCUCCUCCCUUUCAAACCAGCACUCCUCCCGACAAGCACCUUCGUUUCACUCUCCACGAUCUCCUGUCGCACGAUCCAGUGGAUGAUUUUGUACGGGUGACAAUUAGCAUGUAAGCAUUAACUAAGAUUGUUCGACUACUAUCUGUAGAAAAAGGAUAGAGACAUGAAAUAGCGACAUGGAAUACGAAAACUGUAUAAAACAGUCCGAUCGAUAUUGCGAAGUUUAAGGUUCCUCCUGGUCUCUCAACGCUUGAUUGUUGACUUCAGAAUAUAAAGUACGUCGAGAUAAAAAGAUAUAAAAAUAUGACAAUCGGUUGAGCACACUUCCAAGAUACUUCAAGCACCUUCCUUUUACUAUAACAAUCCAUAAAUAACCGUAAAAUUAACAUGACAAAAUAAAUGCAUGUCACGUUAAUUUUACGGUUAUCUAUUGAUUAUUGGAGCAAGAGAAGUGUUCGGAGUAUUUUAAUGGUAUGCUUAAUCGACUUAAUCGACUGUCAUUUGUUUAGGUAUAUCUUUCUUUGUGACAUAUUUUGCAGGAAUUUUGGAUAUAUAUUUCCUCGUUUCUGACGUCAGUAGUCAAGAGUUCUGCGGUGAGAGAUGAUGAGGAUGAGGGGAACUGUUUUUACGUUAUCGACAUUUUUGGAGUUUGUCAUCGAUUCUUCUUAAGGAAGCACGAUAUGACGCGAAAAGAUCGGUCGGACGAAAUGUUCAAGUGAAGAAUUUAGCUUUCCAGUUCUCGACAUUCUCGUUGUCAUCCUGUACGAUAUCGCGCAGUGAUUUGGAUAGCGAACAUGCAAUUUUACUUUUUUUAAGAGUGAAAAAGUGAAAAGUGAAGAGCUUUACGUGACCUCGAUAAUCUUAGCUCAUGUAUCUUUUCGAACAGUAGAAAUGUAAAACUUUUCAUUUUUCACGAGUUUACAUUAAAGGAAAAGAUGCAUAGUCGAUAUCCUGAAAUUACUAUAUUGUAUAAGUCCGUCGAGUUUCACUGAUGUAACAUUAAUCAUGAAUUAUAUAUGUAUAUAAUGUUUGUCAAGAGAGACUCUUAUCGUGUCCCAAGAGCAUCGUUCUCUUCGCGAGAUCGACGCAGCAUAGACACUAUCUCUCGAGAAUCGCAUUAACGCGCGACUAAUUACCUUUUAAGAGGAGAUAAGAGAAACACGAAAGAUGGCAAUCUCAAUCGCCUUGCUCUUUCUCUCUCUCCCCUCCUUCUCCCUUUCCCUUCCUUCCACUCUUUUCUCCACUCUUAGAUAUCAAACGACACUUUCAACAUGCGAUAUCCUGUAAAAUCCAAGAGGUGUCCCGCGACGACGCGUCCUCCGGAUAUUUAUUGAAUCUGUCCUUAGACAUACCUUUCAUGCUCCUUCCUUUUCCGCCUUUUCUUUGGAGUGUGUGACGGUAGUUUCACUCGAAAUGCGGGAAGCGUCUAAAAGCGAGAAGAGAAACACGUUUAACGAGGAACAAAGUUCGAACGAUCGAGUGCGAUGUGUCGCGACAGAAGGAUGUCGAUGAUGACUCGAGGUGUAUGUCGACGAUUCGAUCUUCGAGUUUUUUUUUUUAUCCUAUCGAGCAGGUAGGAUGCAAAUUGGAAUACCGUCAUUUUUCUCGAUUAGACCUUAUGUUACAUACGUCCUUGUAUAUGUAUAUCGCUAAGUUCUUAAAUGUAUGUAUUCGGACUUAA